AUGGAUGUCCGUUUAAGGAAUGAGACGGUCAGGCCUGUGUGGCCAUUCUCUUUAAAUGGCUCGCCAGCAGCAUACCCAUCAGAACAACUGAAAGACAUUAUCGUCUGGGAUUCUUUAUUUGACACACUGACCUUCGCCCUGGACGUCUGGCUCUGUCUGUUCAUCUGCCUGUUUGGUGUAGUGACCAACGUCCUCAGCAUCCGGGUCUUUCUCAAGAUGGGCUUCAAGGACACCGUCAACGUUACUAUGACGACUAUCGCUUUUUGGGAUCUGGUCAGAGUUUUAGCCGGAGGACUAAACCGGAUGUACGGCCCCAUCGGUUUGUUUUCUCCGGCGUUAGGCAAGUCCUGGCAGAACAUCGGCACGACAAGCCUGACAUAUCUUCAGAUCAUUUCCGGCAACGUCUCCUUCGUCCUGGGGGGGGGGGGGUAUGUGGCGGUAGAGAGGUGUCUGUGUGUCAUAGCGCCUUUUAAAGUCAAAAGUUUGGUGACUAAAGAGAGAGCAAUCAUGGCCUGUAUCAUCCUAUCACUUGUUGUCUUUGGAACUUUAUCAACAUCUUUCUUUAUUUUUGAGUGCAAAUGGAUUUAUAUUAAGGACUUGAACACGACAAUAGCAGUCUACGAUUACUCGGGCAUAUACAAAAGAUACCUCGGCCCAAGCUAUUGGAGUGCAGUCAAAUCUUUGAACACGGCAUAUCCCAUAAUUGUUUUUUUCAUUAUAGUCAUUAGCACCGUCAUAAUCGCCUACCAGCUUAACUCGUCCUACAGCUUUAAGAAACAAAAUUUAACCGCUAAGUCCGGCUCACUGACAACCCCCCAAGAGGCCAAACAGACUUGUAAAGAGAAACAAGUGGUCAGGAUGCUGUUGGUUGUCAUAGCUGUUUACAUCAUCAAUUUGGCCCCAAGAGUGGCCCAGUACCUGGCCAUGAUGAUUCAACCAGAGUAUAACGUGCUAAAAUUUUACAAUAAUCUGUAUUGGACAAAUAUUUACAUUAUUUCGACCAUUGAUUUCAUCAACGCCUCGAUACAUUUAUUUAUAUUUUAUAAUAUGAGUUCAAAGUUUAAAGUAACUUUUCUGAAAUUGUUGUCAAACAAAGCAUAA